AUGUCGACUUGGACAAUUGAAGAUUAUGCAAAAUAUGAUUCUUACCUCAUCAAGAAAUGGCAGAUCGGUGGAUGGUGUAAUGAGGACAGUGUUUAUGUGGGCGGUAGAGAUUUUCACUCCCUUAUUUCAUUUGCUGCUCAUUCAUACUACAAAUUUAAGAGUUUCAUCCUUCGAAUGGAAAUUCUUCAACCUCCUCAGAACACUCUCAAUCUCAUGCCAGAUCUUUCCUCCAGCAUGUGUGAACAACUAAGAACUAUGAUCUUAUGA